AUGGCAAGACGACGACCACCUAAAGUGAAGCCUCGGGCCAAACAAUUCGCUAGCCAGUCCGUCCAAGCGAAAGCACCACGAUUGAAGAUCAAUCCAUCCAAGAAGGCCAAUUAUCCAACCCGGGCCAACUCCCCUCUGGAGUCACUUCCAGCCAAAAUCUGGUGUCAAAUAAUGGACCUUCUCUUCACAUUCAGCCGAAACGAGAUCUGUGGACCAGACGGAGACAUCGUCACACCUCUUCACCAGAUCGGAGGUCUCAACUUCGCAUCUCAAACCACCAAGUAUCGUGUACGAAGCUACAUCUCUCGAAAAUACGGCAAUCGCAAAUUCAACCUCCUCCGCCUUCUCACCAGGGACCCCACCAGUUCCAGCCGAUUGGCAUUCGCCGUUGCUAUCGGAUGCCUUCUUAUCGACAAGCCAAUGAAGCGCGGAGCUUUUCUGCUUCCGACCCAAUAUGCAACCGAGCUCACUCAUAUCCUGACAGACACAUUCACUAACUGGAAGACGGAAUGUACUCAGGUGCCCGGGAUCGGUGCCAGAUCUCAAUCUCGCGCGUUCAAAGAACUCAUCAACGGGGCAGAGUGUAUUGUUGCGGCCAAGUGUCGCACAAUUGCUGAUUAUGUGCCCGAGUCAUGGUUCUCAUCCACCUCCUGGAUGGAGAUUGAAGAGAUGCUGAUCAGGAAGAAUUUGGAUUGGAUGGUUGAUAUGCUUACUCGGUGUCUUAAGGGUCCGGCCCUGGCUCUACGCUUCACCAACGCGAAGAGACAGUAG